AUGCGCACGACUGGAGGCACUCCCCAACCUGUACUUUGGAUCUCUGGCUGGACUCUUGAUUCGAGGGGCGACGAUUUAUGGUAUCGCACAUCUUCGCUUUAUCCCAAGAAGUGUAGCAUACCUACUUUGUUUUUUGAAGGCGUUGUGCAUCAACGAGCGUUUCACUCAGUCUCCUAG